GUCACGUGACAUACACCCCGGAAGUAGCCACAGACCAUAAGAAGCACACCUCUUAUACUCUUUACCAUUAACUGUACCCACGUUGUUUAACUAUUUCAGAUUUGUCUUCCCACGGGCGUUAUGCUUCCCGCAGCUGCAGCUUUUCAUUUCCCCUGGGAAGUAAACUCCGGAGCAGUGCAGGAGGGAGAGUCAGUGAGAGUCUUUGGCAGACUUGUCUGCUAUCAGCCUGAGGAGUCCAGGGCUACGCUGUCAGCUCAGCAUGCUUCAAAAGAGCACCACGUGACGAUUCACACCUUGUUUGUGGAGCCUUUUAACCCAAUAAUUGGGGCCCAGUACAUCGUUCUGGGUGAGAUUGAAAAUGCUGAUGGGGUUGGUGCGAUGGUUCGCGCUCGUGUGCUGAACUGCGUUGACGGAGUCAACGUUGCCCUUCUACAGAAAGCCAUCAACGAGCAAAGGAGCUUCUUCAGGGAGAGGGAGCGCCCAUGUGACGAUGCACAUGCAACGUGAUCAGGGUGCUCGAUGAGUAUCAGGACUGCAGCGCUGCCUCUGAGGCUGUUUGCCAAGGUGCACUGGAGUGACGCUGUGUGCGCUCAAGUGAACUAAACACUGUUUGGUUGACUGUAAAAGACCGUUGGCUAUCUUGUUUACCUCCAACCUUUGUAGUUCUUCGGUGCUGCCAUUUUACAUGGUGAGCAUUAUCAGUCUUAACCUUGUCAAUGUACAUGUGUGGUCCCAUAUCAUUCACACAUGCUUUAAAAGGGUUCCAACAGAUAUGUCAUGUAUGGGUCACUUGAUAUUGAUUAAAACAAAACUAUGGAUAUAUGAAUGAAA